AAUUCGGUCGCGUAUUUACUUGCGCCAGAUCGCGGGUUCUCGUGUGGUGGCUCCUGGAAGUUUUUCGGAGCUGUUUUUUUCAGAUUUUAAAGAUUCCUCCUUGUGGAUUGCGCUGUUUGAGGAAGAUUCUAGAGGAGUUCUUAAACUGACUAGUGAAUAGUGUCGUGAAUCUCCUCAAUACCUCUUGUAAGCGAUGAAAAUUCUUCAAUAAGUGUAGUUUACUUCAACAGAUCUGUGUGUUUUAAAAUGUUUUGAGAAAAUGUUAAAUAAGAAAGUUUUAAUUUUCAAUAAUAUUUCUUCCUGAUGAAGUGGAUAUAAAAAUAAAGUUUACUAAGCAUUUGAGUGAUUUGUGAAAUUGUGUAAGCAAAAUUGCGUUUUGAAGUUUUAUUUGGUGUAACUUUUGUUGAAGAAUUUAUAUGGAAUAAUGGGCGCAACACUGGAAAUGGAGCUGACUGGAUCUUUUCGCACUUUGAGGAUAAAGUUGCUGUUACUUCUGCUUCUUCUGAUCGUCUUUAUGGGAGGAGUGAACCCUCAACAAGUAAAGAACUCCCCACAAGUGCUGAAUGAUGGUUCGUUCAAAUUUGGAUUCGGGAAAACGAGCUUUUCCUGUGCUGGACGGGCAGCUGGAUAUUAUGCCGAUGUUGAAACGGGAUGUCAGAUUUACCACAUGUGCGACGGCCUCGGUCGCCAGUUCAGCUACGAGUGCCCCAAUACAACCCUUUUCCAGCAGCGGAUGCUCAUCUGCGACCACUGGUACAUGGUGAACUGCUCCAAGGCCGAGAGCAACUACGCCGCCAAUCUGCUGAUCGGUCAACGGGACAAACCCUUUGUAACGGAGGACGAGAACCAGCUAAGAACUCCUAGACCGGAUCUACUGGACCGACCCUUCUCCAACUUCCCAGCGGAAACGUUCAAAUUCAAUUUCAUCAACAAGGCAACCAACCAAGCACCACAAAACGCAAUUGUUCCCUCGAGGGGGAAACAAUCGACCAAAGCACCACACAGCUCAAGCAAGGGUAGCAAACCAUCCGGUAAUCAACCGGCGGAGAUUUUCGAAGAAAGUGCCAGCAACCACGGGCUUCCGAUUCAUUGGGGAACCCGAUAUGCUAAGGAAGACGGUGAAGAGGAGGAAGCAAAGGAGCAGCAGCUGGAUGGACCAGGAAGUACCGUGAUACCUUUGAACGCUGAGGAACAGGAGCUGCAGAAUAACAAGAUUAAUGGUAGAAGGGAUGUUAAAGACGAUGAGUCCAAGGAUGAGAGUAGAAAUACGGUUAGGUUUGCUUCACGGGAGAAUACUACAGUUGCAAGUGGACAACGAGGUGUAAAGGUACCUUCGAUACGCUAUGAACCACCUUUCACUCCUGAAGAAGAAGUUCGGAGACAGAAUUCAAGUAGAGAGGCGCUGGCACCAGGCUUUAAACCGUUCGAAUCGAUUCUAAAGUUCAAUCAGAAAGGUAACAGAAAGGAUUACGACUUUUCAAACUUCUUCGGAAGGAAUGAAAGUAUCAGGAAUACGGUGCCAACGACUACAUCGACAAUUGCUACCAGUACAACUCCGAGGGCGAUUGCAAGUAGCACAUCAAGAUUUCAGAGCAGUUCACAGUCGGUUACAGCUAGACCUACGACAAGAUUUUCAACAACGACAACAACUCGGCAGCCUUCAACGAUAACUUCGCCCAGCACUACAGCGAGGCCUUUAACGAUAGUUGUCCGGGAUCCACAACCGUCUCAGGCAAGUCCAACCCAGUUUGCUUCGAGGACAGGAUCUGCUUUUAGACCAGUUUUGACGACGACAACAACUACAGCAAGGCCUGUCUUCAGCUCUUCAUCAACGGCGAAACCUAGGGAGUUGUCUGACCCGCGGCAGUCAAAUCGAGCUCCAACGACUAUUCUGUUCAAUCCUCCGGCAGCAACAGCUGGGUUGUUUGAAACUAGCUUCGCCUUCCAGAGACCAGCCGUUUCGCCAGCGAAUGUUCCUGUCCCUUCAAGGGAAAUUUUGCCUCCUUUCGAGAAUGUAGCUAAUUUCGACAAAAUUAAGACUCAGUUUGUGAAUCAAGCCAUCUUUACGAGGCAGCCUACGAUCAAUGAUCCAUCAGCUGGACCAGUAACCAGUGUGAUAGAGAAACUUACUGAAGAUGUGAAACCGGUGAUUCAGAACCGUGAAGAUAACAUUCCGAGGCCUUUCAGUGUUCCUACUCCUGCGAAUGAUCUUCUCCCUCCGAAGAAGGACUACGUCUAUUAUGAUGACUCCACAACUAAAGGACCUCCAAUCUACUAUCAAUGGAAGUGGUCGAUCCCCUCGUUUGGUCUUGAACCUCCGCUAGAUGCCCCACCUGCUCCGGAAGAAGACAAACUCUCGUCUCAGAUCAAUCCGAAUUCUUUCGAGCACUCUCCGGAUGCUUCCCGGGAACAUAAUCAAACGGCUCGAUCCAUCUCCUCGGAAACUGGAAACCUGGGAGAGAACAUUCCAUCUACUGCGAGCACAAAAACGCAGCAACACAAACGAAAGAUCCAACUCCCGGAACACAACUACCUGGAGCUGAGACAGAAGUUAUCGAUCCCAGACUUUACUUUCCCGCUAGAGAGUGAACCAAAUACGGCAAAUACCCGAGGAACUUACGAGCACGACGGAGCGGUGAACUCGUUCCAGAUCCGGAUUCCGGCACACGCUCGAAGCGACAACAAAAACAGCACCGCAUGGUACGGCGAGAACGCCAAAUGUCCGGAGUGCCAUCCGGCUUUCCUACGGAACAACAGCUGUGAACCCUGCAUAAAAAUACGACGGUGAAGACCUACCCCCGUUUUCUACUAGGAAAACAACUCAAAACCUCUUCUUCAUCCGAAAGCUACUCUUUCCUAGAAAUCCCAUCUUUCUCAUCUAUUGAAAGUUCUUCCAGACCUACAUGCAAUUAUUAGGAUUAGACUGUGGCACAGAACUUCCCUCACACACGAACACGCACAAAAUCAUAAAGCUGAACAAAUGAGAGUAACCAAUAACUUGAGGAGGUUCGGCGUUUCUGAUAAACUUUGAUGAAAAAUAUAAACUAAACGAGGACGUGUACAAAAAAAAGUCCGGAAACCCCUAGAUAACCUCCCAAAAUGCUCAAGCUCUAACAAAAAAUCGGUGGCUCCAGCCUCCCCGAAAUAAGAGAUUAAUACCAACAAACAAACGAAGAGAAAAAAACUGUAAAUACACUCGACACACCUUCCGUCCAUGACAAGUAACAUUAAUUAAUUGUAAUGAUAAUGAUUUUUUUUCUUAUGAUUAUUAUUAUUAUUAUUGUAUGAAAUUGAAGAGCAGAAGAAACAAUAAAAGUAACUGAACGAAACUGUAGUUCCGA